GUUUAAAUGGAUUAAUGGGUCUAUGAGACAUAAAAGUUAUAUUUUUCUGGCUAUCCAUUUAUUGAGUAUGGAGUAGGAGGCUAUAUCAUUCUCAUUUCUAUACUUCUCGCUUUAAAAUACCUUUUUAAUUGUGAUACCAAACAUCCAGCAAAUUUCAAUGUAUCAUUAAUAUUACAUUUAGGUUGUCAAAUUUUAAAUUCCUAAUUCCAAUACAUCUAAUUCACAGGAACUUAUAAAUAAUCAAGCUAGACUGAUUUAAUAAUUAAAUGAAAAAUUGGCAAUUAUCUAAUAAGGAUACGAUAAAUUAGCAAAGGAGCAUAUUUAAUUAUCUACAAGUAAAAAAUAAUCAUUAGCAAUUAGCUCUUUCUGAUUUAUAAUCAUAAGUAUUUGAUAUUUUAACGAAAAAGAAAAAUUCCAAUUCUAAUUAAUUAUAAGUGAAAUCUGUAAAAUCCCAGAUUGUUACACCUUAGUAAAAUCUUUAGAAAUAAGAAAUUAAAGAAAACUAAGAAAUCUUAGAAGGAUAGGAAUAAUAAAAGACUUAAAACUAAAAGUUGAAAGAAGAAUAGAUUUAAUAAAAGUAAGUAGAUCAAUAAAAAGAAAUCUAAAUUGAGUAACAGCAACAAGAAUAAUAAAAAUAAGAAUAAUAAUAAUAACAAUAAUAAUAAUAAUAAUAAUAAUAAUAAUAAUAAUAAUAAUAAUAAUAAUAAUAAUAAUAAUAAUAAUAAAAUGACUAAAAUUUAUAAAAUUUGUCUCAAAUAUAAUUAAAAGACCAAGAAGGCAAUAAAUAAAAUGCAAUAAUUGAUUAACCCUAAGAACCUAUGAACCAAUCCUAAACAAAUCCUUUUGCAGCAGAAUAACCUUCUGUAGUAAGAAAACCUUAAAAUCCACCUACUCCAAGAAGAAUACCUCCUUAAUUGAGACCUAAGUGA